CCCGGGAACGACUGAAAAGGGGGCGUGGCUGAGAGGCGGCUGAGAGCCAAUUAAAUAGUCAAGCGAGGGGCGGCUUCCGGUUCCGGGGCUAUAAGAGGCGGCGCGUGGGGCUGGGCCUGGUAGUCGCUGAGAAGACACCGCGGGGUGAGGAGAGCGCAGGCCUGCUCAGCAUGGCAGACGAGGAGAUCGCUGCACUUGUGGUGGACAAUGGCUCGGGCAUGUGCAAGGCAGGUUUUGCAGGGGAUGAUGCCCCCCGUGCUGUGUUUCCCUCCAUUGUGGGGCGCCCCCGGCACCAGGGGGUCAUGGUGGGCAUGGGGCAGAAGGACAGCUACGUGGGGGAUGAGGCCCAGAGCAAGAGGGGCAUCCUCACCCUGAAGUACCCCAUUGAGCAUGGCAUCGUCACCAACUGGGAUGACAUGGAGAAGAUCUGGCAUCACACCUUCUACAAUGAGCUGCGCGUUGCCCCAGAGGAGCACCCUGUCCUGCUCACCGAAGCCCCCCUGAACCCCAAGGCCAACCGGGAGAAGAUGACCCAGAUCAUGUUUGAGACCUUCAACACCCCAGCCAUGUAUGUAGCCAUCCAGGCCGUCCUGUCCCUCUAUGCCUCUGGCCGCACCACCGGCAUCGUCAUGGACUCCGGGGAUGGCGUCACCCACACUGUGCCCAUCUACGAAGGCUACGCGCUGCCCCACGCCAUCCUGCGCCUGGACCUGGCCGGCCGUGACCUCACCGACUAUCUCAUGAAGAUCCUCACGGAACGGGGCUACAGCUUCACCACCACAGCCGAGAGAGAGAUCGUGCGGGACAUCAAGGAGAAGCUCUGCUAUGUGGCUCUGGACUUUGAGCAGGAGAUGGCCACGGCUGCCUCCUCCUCCUCUCUGGAGAAGAGCUAUGAGCUGCCGGACGGGCAGGUGAUCACCAUCGGGAACGAGCGGUUCCGAUGCCCGGAGUCCAUCUUCCAGCCUUCCUUCCUGGGCAUGGAGUCCUGCGGCAUCCACGAGACCACCUUCAACUCCAUCAUGAAGUGUGACGUGGACAUCCGCAAGGAUCUGUACGCCAACACUGUGCUCUCGGGGGGCACCACCAUGUACCCUGGCAUCGCUGACAGGAUGCAGAAGGAAAUCACGGCCCUGGCACCCAGCACGAUGAAAAUUAAAAUCAUUGCCCCGCCGGAGCGCAAAUAUUCUGUCUGGAUCGGGGGCUCCAUCCUGGCGUCUCUCUCCACCUUCCAGCAGAUGUGGAUCAGCAAGCAGGAGUACGAUGAGUCCGGCCCCUCCAUUGUCCAUCGCAAGUGCUUCUAGAGUGGCCACCAACAGCCUUCCACCUUGGACCAGAAUUGUUCAACUGUUACUUAUUUUAUGUUUUAAUUAAUGGCCUGUUAGGCUGUAGUUUUCCUCUUCCUUGCAGCUCUCUGGGGCUUGUUCACCCUCCCUGUGUAGCACUGAUAGGAUGAUGACACUAAGGUCAGAUUUGUCACUGUUAGGUUUGUCACAACUGACUCCUUUGUAGGAAAACAAAUAAACUUCCUAAGCUUAAAAACC